CUCCUCCAGUCAAACAAAAGGGUAAAUUAUCAACAUUGCUGAUCUAAAAGCAUUUAAGCAAUUAAUACGGAAGAGGUAAGAGAAAGAAAGGAGAAAUGGAUUCUGGGUUAUCCUGGGCUGAUCAAUGGGACUACAACAAUCCUGACCCUUCACCACGAGCAUCCGACAAGAAGAAGAAGAAUGAAGGUUCCAGCAAGAGCAAGUUUAGCAAGUCAAUAUUAAGUUUCAAAUGGAUGAAAGAACUACGUAAGAAAUCUCAGCAAAAAGAUGACGGCAAAUAAGAAGCCGAUCAUCUGCUGUGCUCCUCCAUGGAUCCUCCAACCUCGACCUCAUUCUUAUUGUCUUUUUGUUACAGCUCUUACCACCUCCCCUCUUGAUUCAAUGAUGGAAUUUAUCUAAUUUCUACAACCCCAACCCCUCUUGAUUCAAAAAGAAAAGAAAAACGAUAACAUCUUCUUUACUAGUUUCCUUCUUUUCAUCUUUCAUUUGAUUCCAUAUGUUUCAUUACUUUUGUGGAAUGUUAAAUCAAAAAGGAGAUGAUGAUACUGAGCGCAUCUCUCUCUCUCUCUCUCUCUUUUUCAGGUAUAAGCAUUUAUUUGUUGGUUAUGUGUGUUAUGUUGUAUCUGCUCAUAAUUAAGCUGAUGCUCCCAGAGGGACGUGCAUCUAUGUGUUGAUUGA